GGAAGAGUGAACAACAUGGCAGCUGAAAGAGAGGAUGAGCAGGCUCUGCACCACGUGUUCACCUACGGGACUCUGAAGUAUGGCCAGCCAAACCAUCACAUCUUGACGAACCCCAACAAUGGCCGCGCUACGCUGAUUGCCACGGCGAAGACGCUGAAGAAAUGGCCGCUGGUUCUCAUGUCCUCGUACGAGAUACCAUGUCUGCUGCCCCGUGAGGGCAUGGGCCACGAGGUGUUCGGUGAAAUGUACCUAGUGGACGACCGGAUGCUGGAGACCCUCGACGGCCUCGAGUCGCACCCCGACGUCUACGUCAGAACGCAGGAAGACGUCGUGUUGCUGUCUUCGCAGCCUAAAUCGUGCAGCCCUGACGCCGAAGCGAAUUCGCGCUCCGGAGGUUUGUCUUCGACAGAGGCCGGCGAAAGACGAAAAGCCUGGAUUUACUUCAUACGCAAUGCAGAGCCUGAACACCUGUUGCUACCCUUCGUGUCUUGCUACACGUGGAGACAGGACAUUGAAUUCCCGACGGCAACUGGGGACAAAGAAGAGUCGCUCCGCUUCCUAGACAACCAGUUUAAACCCACUGCUGUAGACGAGAGCCUGCUACAGAGCCGAGGCAUGACACCAUUACACUCUGCAAGUGCAAAUCAAAUUACUAACUAA